CCACAGUUUAUGUACAUACAUAGUACAAAAGAAUUCAAUUCUUACCAAUAUAACAGGCUCUCUAACAAGUGGAACUAUACGUAUAUAAGCGGAUAACUUUGAUAGGAUAAUAUCACAUUCUACAAAUAAGUUAAUAACACAAAACAACACGAUCAAUUACCAUAGAGUUGUAUUUUCACUAACAUGAAGUUCUUUGCCACUACCUUCGUCCUCGCCAGCGCUUCGGCUGUAACCAUGGCCAGUUCCUCCGGGACCAGCAGUUUCGAGUUAUGUAAGAAGUGGAUAAAAGAUAACGAGUGUCCAGCAGGUUUUAAAUACAAUGAGCUAGCUAAGGAUGUACGAAUCAAGCCCCAUGGAGUUUCUUGGUCCACAUUUGAUCCAAUGGUUUUGUGUUGCACACCCGAUCAAUGCCAUGACAUGAUUCCGAGCAAGUCCCCGUGUGACAAUGGGUACAAGACUGGUCACGAUGGAUGUAAACUUCCCGAGUGCCGUCCUAAAUCAUGCCCUGCAGCUAAGCCCCAGAUGGAAUUUGAGAUGUACUGCCAGUGGGGAUUCAAACUGGGUGAAGAUGGUUGUGAGAUUGCUGAGUGUCGUGAGGAGCCCAAUUCCGAAUGGCUAACAUGCAAGAACAAUAACCAGGAUGUGUGCAAGGAUAAGUAUAACAAGAAAGUCAAGAACAACAGAAAAUGUCAACGCUGGUUCAACAACAGUCAUCGCAAUAUGAAGUGUGCAUCCCACUUCUGUUGCAAAGAUUAAACGAUUUCCUAUUUUCUAAAUAGUGAUACUGUUAUAUUAUAUCGCGAAAGAAGCGCGAAAACAACGCUGAAUAAAACACAAG